UGCUCCUUCCUAUACAGACAGUCAGCCAAUCCGGAGACAGAGUGGGAAGUGGGCAGGGACUUGUAGAGCGAUCCGGUGCCAGCCUUCUCAGUACGGUUUCCGGGAAUAUAGCGCCAGAAGCCACGGACAGAGAGCGGCAGGUGAUUCAGACUUCAUUAUAAUGUUACCUUUGCCAUGUAUAGUUAGAAGAAUUUGGACAGUUUUCCUGAUUUUCCAGUUCCAGAUAUUUUGUAUUAGUGGUGAUUGUGGUCCGCCUCCAGUUAUAGAGCACACACUGCCCGUUAAAGAGACCUCUGGAGCCGCAGGUGAUACAGUCAUAUAUGAGUGUGAUCAUGACUCUGGAUAUUAUGAGCUUCCAGGCAAAAGCAGAACCACUACCUGCCAAGAUGACAACACAUGGACAUCGGUCUCUGAGUUAUGUGCAAGAGCUUGUGGUGAUCCUGAAAGACUAGCUUAUGCAGUGCCUAAAGACAGUGAUCUUAAAGAUAUCUAUCUUCCGGGUACAAAAGUAAGCUUUGACUGCAGACUGGGUUUCUCACGUGUGCCUCGCUCAAACAAUUCCAUUGUCUGCCUGGACAGUUAUACAUGGUCUGUUCCAAGUGAAUUUUGCACACGCAGAAGUUGUGUGAAUCCUGGAGAAAUAGCUAAUGGAGAAUUUGAAGCAACCAAUAAUUUCUUAUUUGGUUCCAGACUAACCUAUACAUGUAAUCCAGGCUAUCGCAUAUUAAGUAGGAGAAAUUAUCGAGAUUGCCAAGCAGAUGGAACAUGGACUAAUACAGUCCCUACAUGUGAAGCUGUCAUCUGCCCUGCACCAGAUCCCCCUGUUAAUGGAAUGUUUAGUCCAGAGAAGGAUGAAUACGCUUACCAAGAUGCUGUGAACUUUAUUUGUAAUAAAAAUUUACAUAUUAUUGGUGAAGAUUUUGCAUCAUGCACUAGUGACGGAACAUGGAGCACUACCACCCCAACUUGCAAAGCCAUUAGUUGUGAAGAUCCUGGACCAGUGCAAAAUGGAAAGAAGGCAUCUGGGUUUGUUGGACCGUACACAUGGAAAUCUUCAGUGAGUUACCAGUGUGACCCAACUUUUGUCAUGAAUGGUUCUAGUUCAGUCACCUGCACCGUCGACAGUCGGUGGGAUCCUGAUAUCCCAGAAUGUCUGAGUGUCUGUGAUCCUCCCCCCAAUAAUUACGAUUAUGCAGUACUUAAAGAACAACACAUUGCCGGUCGCAAUUACUUUGACAAAACCACUGUUGAAUACAAGUGCAGAACAGGAUAUGAAAUAGAUCCUAACAAAAAUAAUAUUAUUACAUGCAUGGGAAGAAGUUGGUCUGCGCUUGCUACGUUUUGUUCACCCGUCUCUUGUGGUGAUCCUGGGAAUGUAGCGAAUGCAGAAAAGUUGGCUCCAAAAUUCACUUUUGGAUCCAGAGUGGAGUAUAAAUGUCACGAAAGAUAUAAAAUAACAUCACCGAGCAAUUAUAAAGAAUGUCAAGCAGAUCGGAAUUGGAGCCCCGGUGAAAUAAUCUGUACAGUUACCUGCAAAUUUCCAAGUGUUGCUUCUUUAAACCUGAAACCAGUCAGCAAAAGUGUGUAUGUACACAAUGACGUUGUGACACUUGAAUGCAUUGAAGGCUUUGUUUUGAACGGAUCAAGAUCAGUCGCAUGCAACAGUGAAGGGCUGUGGGAACCUUCUUUACCAAAAUGUAAAGAGUUGCCCCAAAAGGACAACCAUAUUGGUGUUAUUGUAGGAAGUAUUAUUGGUUGCCUGGCUAUACUGGUCAUAGUUUGCUGCUUGUGUUGGUGUUGUAAAAAGAAAAAAUCAGGCAUUGUUUCUUCUUUAUCCAGUGAAUAUUAUUGUGAAUACAAAAAUGACAAGUUCAUUGUUAAUCCGGAAGGUCAUGAAUCAAACAAUAUAAACAGGAAACCCAAAUCGGAUACUCCUGACGUUCAGUACGUUGCAUGUAAUGAUGCAUAAAUACAUCUGCGGAACAUCUGUGAAUCUUUCUGUAAAUUUAGGACUUUUUGAGCACUGGAUCUUUGUAAAGCUUUAUAAUUAUCGGCCCUCUGAAGAGUAGGUCAAAUUGUUAUAUUCAAUAAUAUUAUUUCUUGAGGUUGCUUUAAGCUGCCUCACAUGUUGAUCAAAUAUAGCUGUGCCACACAUGUGCCUAUGUAUUCUUUCCCUGAUCUGAGAGUAGGUUUAUGCAAAAUAGAAUUAGAAAUUAUUCUAAAAUGUGAGUUGCCAAUGUAUUGUAAAGUUUUUCUUUUUUUUUUUCUUUUGUUAUUUGAAGCAUAGUUUUGAGCAUAUUUAUUUAAGGAUGCAGUCCAAUACAGUAUACACAGAAUACAUGUAAAAGGAAGUAGCAUUAACACGUCAUUAAAAAAGUCUGGAAUUGUUCAGCAUAUUGUUACAUAAUUUAGUCUUUUACACUAAGACACCCAUUAUACACAUGUAAAGGGGGCAAUACAAGUGUUAUGUUUUAAAUUACACCUACAAGAGCACUGUGUGAAUAUGACCUUGUGCUACAGAGAAUUAUAUAAAUUACACAGCCAUCGGAAAUGCUUAAAAGUAAUUACAUUUAUAAAGAAAACAAUUGUUCAAAGCGCUGACUACGAGUGCUGAGAAAAUAUACUGGGGAAAUUGUUACUUUGCCUACUACAGGCUUGAAGGAUUCUUACUUUGUUUCAUGUUGCACGGAUGUAAAAAUGUAUAUCCUGAUACAUCUCCUGAUUAUCUUUACGUUGGAAAAUUAAUAAAGGGGUAACUAAAUAUUUUAAUUAGCACAAAUUGUUCCAAAUCGAUCUAAAUGGCUUACCUGGCACAAUAUAUGUAGGCAUUUUUCGCUUUAAAAACAUAUACAUUUAAAGCAUAUGCUCUGGUAAAUUUCAGCUAUUGAGUACAUAAAAUUACAAUUCAUUUACACUUUUGUUGACAUUUCUAUUUGGAAAUGAAUUGGCAAUUUUCAUAUUUCAACAUGCUACAUAUCGAAAUAAAGUGUGUAUAUAUACUUAUGUAAGAAAUUGAGGUAAAACCAUUUAAAUGGUUCGUCACCAUCUGCUCAAUGAAAAAAUGGAAUUAAUACAGAUCCGAAAUAUAUGUGUGCAUGAGCCCUUAGAAAGGAUUGACAGCUAAAAUAUAACAAAACUCACAAUGCUAUGCCUUUUUAAGUAUGAUGCUGCAGGCUGAUCAGAUUCAAGUUUUAUAUAUACCGUAUUUAUCGGCGUAUAACACGCACUUUUUAGGCUAAA